AUGACAGGGAGUAGCCCUUCCAUUUCAUCUUCGAAGAACUACUUGAACAGCAACGCGAGCAGUAGCUUUCGGAGCGGAGCCAUCGAUCCUUCCCCUUCGAGACAGACCAAGCGUCAACGUCUCUCGCCCACGAAAUCGAUAGUUGAUCGCGAGCCGCUGCCCUCGCUUGCGUCUCGAGUGAUCAUCGCUCUCGACUUGGACGCGUUCUAUGUCUCUGCCUGUCGGAAGAGAGACCCGUCUCUCGUUGGCAUCCCCAUUGGCAUUCAGCAAAAGGCGCUUGUAGCUACUAUCAGCUACGAAGCGCGGGCAGCAGGCGUCGGCAAGCUUGACAGCAUCAAGGAUGCACUCAAAAAGUGUCCAGACAUGAUUCUCGUCAACGGAGAAGAUCUCACCUACUUUCGACAGGUCUCGAGUCAAGUGUGGCGACUGGUCAGGUCCAUUGUCUGGGAAAAGCGAGUCGAGAAGCUUGGCAUGGAUGAGUUGUUUUGCGACGUGACCGAGAUGGUCGAUCACCACCUCUCCACCCUCGACAAAGUCAAAGAAGCGACAAGAUGGUUUGACCUGAACGCGCCUAAACAUAGUCAACGAAUGGACGACUAUGGAUUCGAGUAUCAAGCUUGGCCCGCGGAUCCCCCGGGACAUCUUCACCCGAGUGAUGCUGCAGAGUACUUGAAGCAAAAUGAGCCGGAUUGGUGGCAGCAGCGCAUGCUCGUGGCCGCAAGACUAGCUUACUACAUGAGGCAAAGGAUAUCGGAUGAAGUCGGGCUCACUUGCUCCGCCGGGAUCGCCCCAAGCAAGUCGCUGGCAAAGCUAGUGGGGGCAUUAAAUAAGCCGAACCAACAGACUGCAUUCUGCCCUCCGGUCGUUGGACUCGUCUCGGACCGUUGCAAGCGCGCCAAUUCCAUCGAACUCACCCUUGAGCGGCAUGUUACUGCCUUCAUGGACCCUUUGGACCUUCGUAAGCUGCCAGGCUUCGGUCGCGUAGUCGUUGACAAGAUCCGAGAUCAUCUCAACCAUGAUUCAAAUGCGUCAGCAGAGCAGAGCAACAGGAACAGGCAAACGGUUUCAAGCUUGGUGGAGCCGAUAGGCUUGUCUGAUGAUGAAGAGGAGAAGGUCAAAGUCAAGGUUUUUGUUGGCGCUGCGCGGAAGAUGCUGUCCCUGGAAGCGAUGGUGGAGUUGUUCGGCGAAGUAAUCGGACCGAGGCUGUGGGCUUUGGUGAACGGUCGCGAUGCAGAGCCGGUGAUUCCAGCACCAGACUUUCCUCUACAAUUGUCGAUCGAGGACACUUAUCCCUAUCCGAGCUUGCGGGGGCCGACCAUUCAUGCCGAGAUUGGUCGUCUGUCCCUGUCUCUACUUCGGAGACUCGAGCUGGAGCUCACCACUCGGGACAGCACGUUACAGGAGCAGCCAAAACCUCUCAGCCAAGAGACGACUAUCAAGAAUGAAGUUGUGACGAUCCGGGACUACCAAGAACAGCCUCCCGCAGCUGCGGCCGUGAAAGCCGGUUGGUUGCGGUAUCCAUUGAAGGUGCGGCUGAGUGUGCGACAGGGAUGGAAUAACCGGGUGUCGAAACAGACCAAGAUGCCGGUCGAGAUUUUCGAACUGGAUCAGCCGACAGAGAUUAGGGCAGCCGCAAUAGAAAAGGCAUGCCGAGGGCUUUUACGAGCGUUGAUCGGGGGCGACAAUGUGAUCGGGGAAGGGAUGAAUCUGAUCAACAUCGCUGCGUUGGAGCUGAGCGAGAAGAGACCACAGAGAGCGCUUGGGAGCUUCUUUGCGUCGGCACCGACCUCAGCCGAGGGUAAGUCUGGCCGGAAACGGAUGAACGGAAGAGCAGAUAUUGAUGAAGCCAUCUUGGCCAGCUUGCCUCGCGAGCUGAGAGACGAGAUUGCCAAGGAGUACGGCAUCGAGCUCGCAUUGACAACUCGACCUGUCGCCGAUGAAGCCAUCGGUGAUAGUACAGGAAGCGCGACAGACCAAGCCAUGGGGAAAGCUUUCUUGACUGCCGGUUUGAUUUGUUCGAUUUGUGGAGAAGCGAUGGAAAUCUGGAUGCAGCAUGAUCACGAACAGUAUCCACUGUCGGGGCUUCCUGCCCAAGCUUUGCCGUCAUGCUCUCCAGAAUCUUUUGUUUCAGGGUCAGAAGCUGUAGCAGGCACCGACACGGACGAGCAAGUCUUAGAGGAGCUGUUUGAGCCCGACUCCGACUUGGUUCAAUGCGAGCGGUGCGACGAUUGGCUGAAACCGUUCAUGGUUGUGGCGCAUCGCCGCUUCCACGAGUUGCAGCACAACUCUUAG